AUGUCUACACAUCGUACCACCACUCCGAUCCCACAAGCCUACUACGCACCCUCCAUCGACGAUCUCCUGAAACAAGUCCGCGCCGCCCUCGCAACCGAACACAUCACUACCCUAGCCACCAUCGCCCGCAUCGAGGCAGUCAUCCAGACCCUCGACGACGACGACGAUAACCAACUCCCCAAGGGCUCAGCACCGCCCCAACCCGAGGCCGUGGUCAUCAUGACCCAGGAGGCGGAAAAGAUCCUGAAGGCCACCCACGACCAACUCCGCAUGGUGAUCGUCGCCUGUAAGUACCAGAACGCCCUCGUCGAGGCCAUCUUGGCCGUCGGGUCGCAGUGCCACCGGACCCACAAGAUCGAGGAUCUCGUGGCUCUGGACGGUCUCCGGGCCAGAAUGGAGAAGAAUAGGGCGACUCUUACUGCGUUGACCGGUCAGCUGCUGUCGAUGUAUGAUCUUAGUCUUUGCGAGUGGAUUUGGGGUGAAGAAGGAGGGGGAGGUGGUGGGUAG